GAAGAGUGACCGACGCAGGAGAAACAUACUUUUUUGUAUUUAACCUCGUAUUUAUUAAGAAUGAAAAUGUUGAGCUGUGGAAGCCUGAUGAAAAGUGUGCUGGUCGCCGUCAUCUUGGUUGUUACUUCUGGACAUUCAGAUGAAAAGUUGGCUUCUUGUUGUAAGAAAGUCACCAAAACUGAGAUCACAGAACCAAUUCUGGGAUACUUGGUCCAGAAAGCGAAUCCUCCAUGUGUCCAAGCAGUUAUCUUUCAGACAGAAAAUGCUCUUUACUGCAGUCAGCUGAGCGCUCCCUGGGUUCUCCGCAAAAUCAAAGAACUAAGCAGGAGAUCAAGGGCUCAGAYAACAACUUCUCCUGUGUUCAGAUCAUCAUCAGCCUCCCUCCUCUCCGUCAUAACCUCCACCGCCUCCUCUCCAUCCUCCACCAUGGCCUCCUCUCCUUCAUCCUCUGUGGCCUCCUCCCCUUCAUCCUCCACCCUGUUUCCUUCCUCCUCUCCUCCUCCCUCCUCUGCCUCCACAGCUGAUGGGAGUUUUUCAGGAAGCGGUGAGGAGUGGACCUUCGCCUCCUCCACCAGCAGCUGAUAAAACAAGCAGCGACGUGAACAUCUGUUAAAUUUGACAUUUGGUUGGGAACUUGCAGAACGCACUGAUACUAAAUAUUUGUUUUUAAGUUAAAUUUCUAGUCUCUUUCAAUUUUGGUUAAGUUAUUUUUUAUUUAUUUAUCAAAUCUAAUUUAGUUGUUCUGAUGUGGUGGAAUUUUAUUUUAAUUGCUGUAUUUAUAAAAUGUACAUGCAAAGUGAGACGUUUAACACAUGCUGAUAGCAUGAAAUGGUUUUGAAGAUGUUUUUGUCUGCUGGAAAGACAUUUUUAUUGUUAAUUUGAGGCUGUGUCAACUUCAAGGUUUAAUUUAUUAAUAAACAGUUCUUGUUUAACAUUA